AUGGUGCCCGGUCUUAUCAUCGUCGGAGAGACGUUACAACAUAAACUCAGUGUGGCUGGCAUUGUAUUCGGUUGGGGCAUGAAUGUCUUCGGGGUCAUGGUCACCUCGGUAGCCACCGUCGCCUUCGCCCUAGACUGUUAUUCAUCAGCAUCCGGCGAGGUUUCGGCACUAAUCAAUAUGGCUCGGGUUGGGGCAGGCUUUUCCGUUCCCUACUUUGUUGAAUCAUGGGUGGAGAAACAAGGUUAUGCCCUCACCUUUGGACUGCAGGCUGUCGUUGUCGCUGUGGCUUUCAUCAUUCUUGCUUGUAUCCAAGUAUACGGGGCAAGACUUCGGGCCUGGGCUGGUCCGGUGCAUCCACUGCCAUUAUCCGGGAUUCGACACAAGUAG